UUUCCGGCGGCAUAUAUGAGAAGAUACCUCAGUCUCUACUUGCCAGACUGUGCCUUCGAGAUUUUGGGUACGAAUCGAUAUACAAUUACUAUAUACGAGGCGAUGGUCGUUUCACGAAAACUAAUUAGGAAAGGCGAAGAGAUCAAAUAUCUUUGCGGGAUCCGGGUCAUCUUAACAGGCGAGGAAGAGGACGACCUUAAAGAAAAGGGGCUUGACUUCAGCAUUAUAAAGACGACUCGAAACAAUGCCACGUCUUUGUUAUCUGGGCCAGUACGUUUUUCUAAUCACAAUUGCGAAGCGGAUGCUCGACUUGUUACGACUGGGUCCACUGGGAUGAAGGUUGUCGCUACUAGGGAUAUUAGGAUCGGUGAAGAAAUUACGGUUACCUAUAGUGGUGACUACUUUGGAGAGGAGAAUUGCGAAUGUCUUUGUCAGACGUGCGAA